CGGAUGGUCUUCAGGCGGAGGACACCAGCAGCUCUUCCGGAAUUUUCAGCCGGAAGAAUUCUGCCUCGGAUACACCUGAAGACGACGCUCAUAGGGUUUCUGAGAACGCGCGCGCAUAUACCACAGGCGAUACUUUGCAACGCGUGGUUGCAUUAUAUGCACGAAGGAUGAGAGUUGGCUAUCGAGAAGUAGCAACCAGAACUGUGCACGUUCCUUCUGACCUAGAAGUCAUCAAAGACGUCUGCAGCCUCGACCUGAAGCGUGCCAACAAGCAAGGCGCCAUUGCUCCUCCGGGUGCCGUUGAAGACCCACAUCAUCUGGCCGAAUGGGAGACUUUCACGAGGGUGCUGUUGACCUUUCACACUUGCAUUUUCGACCUGACCCUUCACGUAUCGGCUGUCAGACGGCCACCUCGGCAGUUCUACCAGAGCAUCAGUUUGCAAAGUGGGAUUGCGCAGAUCAAUGUUGAAGUGUCCGCAUAUACUGACCCGUACAGAGAUUUUAUGCUGCCCUUCAUGUGUCAUCUGUUUAGAUUGAGAAAUCCCGAUCGGACUGAAGUGCAGGUUUAUGAUAUCCGUGGGCACGAUGAUCUCUACCCGCGUGAGAAAUUGUGCACAGAACAUCUGAAGAGGGACGAUUCACCACAACUGAACGAUAACAGGUUUGGACCAAUAAUGGAAGCAACGAUGGAUAUGCCCUCUCUACUUGUGUUUGAAAUAGAUCUCCACAACACCGUAACUGUGCCAGGUGACUUACCCGAUAUCGCGCUUCGAGUGUCUUCCAGUGGUUCCAGCGAACUUCGGAGGCUCAGAUACGAGGUCGACAUAGACUGCGCAUCUUUGCUACAGUGCGCGCAUUUGGAACAAAGCGCUUGUGGUAAUCAAAUCGACACAUCCUUGCUCCCUAGAUUAAGCGCCCGUCGCGAAUUAACUGGUUCUACGCGCGACUUGGUGCCGUACUUAGUUGAAGUUAAUAGCUCAGAUUACGUUUAUAAUUUAGUAUUAAUUUCAAUCAUGCGAGACGAAGAUGCCAGCGGCUGACGUGGUUCAAAAGAGAUGUUCGAAGAUUGUUCGUGACAAACAACAAAUGUAAACAUCAGCAUGCUUGUGUUCCCACAACGUCCCUUGAACGACACUACAAGAACAUACCUGAAAAAGGAUGCGCCGGAAAGGCCGCGUAGUUUGAGUGGUUAUAUAGUGUACAUUUGUAUCGCUUCAGUCACGGAUUAUGCAGUCUAGUAGAUUUUAUAGAGACGAUGUAGUACACCACAAGGAAUAUUACUGAUAUUGAUAAG